CCAUCGAAGACUUCGCCAUCGUGAAGCCCAUCAGCCGCGGAGCCUUCGGGAAGGUCUACCUGGCCCGCAAAAGGGGGAAACUCUACGCCGUCAAGGUAGUAAAAAAAGCUGAUCUGAUCAAUAAGAAUAUGGUCCAUCAGGUGCAGGCGGAGAGAGAUGCCCUGGCUCUCAGUAAAAGUCCUUUCAUUGUGCACUUAUACUACUCACUUCAGUCUGCCAACAAUGUCUACUUGGUAAUGGAGUAUCUCAUUGGUGGAGAUGUUAAAUCUCUUCUUCACAUAUAUGGUUAUUUUGAUGAAGAAGUGGCAAUAAAGUAUAUUUCUGAAGUAGCGCUGGCUCUUGAUUACCUUCACCGACAUGGGAUAAUCCACAGAGACCUAAAGCCAGACAAUAUGCUGAUAUCUAACGAGGGGCACAUUAAGCUGACAGACUUUGGACUGUCAAGAGUUACUCUGAACAGAGAACUAAAUAUGAUAGACAUCCUCACUACACCAUCCAUGUUGAAACCUAAGCAAGACUAUUCACGCACUCCUGGACAAGUGUUGUCUCUUAUCAGCUCCUUUGGUUUUUAUACCCCAGUUGGAGGGAAGGUGUACACGCCUAGUCCAAGCCUUAUUUGUGCAGAUACAUCUCAGCUUUCUGGAGGAUUUGUUUCCCCCCUUUCUGUAAGUCACAAAGAGUACCCUUCUACAUCGAGUAAGCUACUGAGAGCAUGCACCAAUUCUUCAGCUGUGACACCCGGAAAGCCUGUGAGGAGUCUGACGCCAACUCUGCUUCAGUCCAGGAGAAGGUAUGGGAUUUCUAGUGCCAGCAGCCAUUCCCGCACCCAGUUGUCCAGCACAGAAUCAGAGUGCUGCAGCAGCCCCAGGUGGGAGAAAGACACACAGGAAGCGGAAGACCUCCUUCUCUCUGCCGCAGGCAAAGCGGAUGCAGCAGAGAAGCCUGAAAAUACAGGUGUGCUGCUCAUCAGUGGCACUAAAGGGUUAAAGAGAAAGGCGCUGGAGUCUACCAUAUCUCCUAUUAGCAGCAAUGAUUCCGGGAGCAGGCUUGAUGGAAAGACUGAGCACUUUAACCUAUGUGACACUUCUGUAAGGAGUUGUGAUAUGAAAGACCUGGUCCGAAAAUGUCUUUCAGGAUAUAAAGAAUGGGACGAAAAGUUCUCUGCAGAAAACACUGCUCUGGCAAAGGAGGCCGCAAAAUCCUCUAAUUGCCACCUAUCCCCUUUGGGUUUGGGCAAUCUUGUGAAAGAAAGGAAAGAGGAGGCGAUGUUGGCGGUGCCAGGUGUCAAAAGGUGCUUUGAAUUAGUUGACACCAGCCCUUCUCAAGCACUUAUCCCUGUUAAAAAAACGAAUGCAGAAUACAAACGUGGCUGUCAAAUCAUUGAGAUUCCAGAAAAACAAAGCACUGGUUUAACAACCGAAAUCUGUCGCUUAAAACUUGAUGGAUGCCUGCAAGAGACCUGCACAAAUGAAGGUCCAGCAAAAGACUGCAGUUGCACUGAACAAAACAGGGGUAGCAAACCAGCUACUUCCUUAAUAGCAAAGAACCUUAUGCACGACCUAGAUGCGGAUUGUGAAAAGGAUGGGAAAAAAGAGCACACAAACGCCAGUUUCUUAUGUAUUGAUGAUGAAAGGCCUUUAGCAAGCAUGAGCGUGGACUCUGAUCUAUCCCUGCCAGAAGUGUCCGCUGCAGGGAGUCAAAUAGAAAAGCACUUUUCCAGUUUAGAUGGGAGCAUUAAAGAUCUCACCUUUGAGGAACUAAAACCAGAGGCCAUGUCAGCAACAUCGCCUUCCUGCCCAUGCGCCUUGCCGAAAGGUGAGGAGAUGCUUGCUGUCCAGGAGAGCAAACCAGUGCAUCAUGAUCGGGACAAGAGUUUGAAAAGUGUAACUGAAGCACACGCUGACAUCCAUUCUUCUUCAGCAAUGGAGAUGUUGAAAACGCUGAACCAGUUAAAGAAAAAUGUGGUUGCCUUUCGGAGUUACAACAGUCAAAUCAAUACGUCGAAUAUGUCUGAGCCUUCAAGAAUUAGCAUGCUGUCUGUAGAAGGCAUGGAUAUCUCUGCUUGUAGUGGCUCUUAUCCGAUGACUAUUACACCUGCGCAAAAGGGGACUCCCUAUAGAGUAUAUCAGACCCCUCAGGGAAAUGCUGAUACACCCUACAGGACCCCAAAGAGUGUCCGAAGAGGGGCUGCCCGAGUAGAGGGAGAACGCAUUUUAGGAACCCCAGAUUACUUGGCACCUGAGCUGCUCUUAUUAAAGGCCCAUGGUCCUGCAGUAGACUGGUGGGCACUUGGAGUUUGCUUCUUUGAAUUUUUAACCGGCAUUCCACCAUUCAAUGAUGAAACGCCACAGCAAGUAUUCCAGAAUAUUCUGAAAAGAGAUAUUCCAUGGCCUGAAGGUGAAGAGAAGUUGUCGGAUAAUGCUCAGAAUGCCAUAGAUAUUCUUUUAACCAUUGAGAGUAAUAAACGAGCUGGACUCAAGGAGCUGAAAAUUCACCCUCUUUUUCACGGUGUGGACUGGGAUAACCUGCAUCAUCAAACCAUGCCUUUCAUACCUCAACCAAAUGAUGAAACAGACACUUCUUACUUUGAAGCUAGAAAUAAUGCUCAGCAUCUAACAGUGUCUGGAUUCAGCCUGUAGUAUCAAAAAAUUUUGGAAUUUUCCAGUGGGUUUCACAUUUAUAAAGCUUCCUAACACUAGUUUAACUCCUGAUUUUCUAACCAUCCUGUUUUUAAAAUCAGACCAGCUUUUAUUUUUUUUCUUUACAAGAUUAAUUGAAAUGUUUAAUUCUAAAAAGGUUCUGACCCAUACUUUUAUUCUAGUUACUGCACCUUAUGUAAAUCUUACUAUGUAUAUAACGGUGGUAUGUCACUUUAACACUGAACAAAAUGUGGUUUUCUGCUGCUAUGGAGUAUUUCUAAUGUUGGGAGGAGGAGCUGUCUUUACCGUCAAGCAUAACUGGGAGAGUGAAUGCAAAGUAAUGUAUUUAUGUGCCUGUAAUUCAAAAAAAUCCAGUCAUGUAAGGGAUUGACUUUUUAGUGUUAGAAUCUUUUUGAAACUGAUUUUCAGACCACUUUGCAGCUACACUUUUAGUGCAGCUCAAAUAUGUUUCGAUCCCUCUAUGUGCCUGUCCUUCUGAAACACAAGAUUUUGAACAUUUUAGAUAAUUUAUAUACUGCCUGUUCUGCUGCUAAAUGAUCAGUGCUCUGUUGUUUCUAUUUUUAUUGUCAAUGUCUGUUUUUCCCACACAGAUUAGCUACAGAAAUUGUUGCAAAAAAUAAUAAUGCCAAUAACAAAAAACCAAGCAGGUUUUAAUUGAUCUACUUUGGUUUCUGAAUUAAACAUGUUAAAUAAAUACUGGGAAUUAGAGGUUCAUUUGGUCAUUUUUAUAAUCCAGCUAUUUAAAAUUGUCUAAUCAAAAUAUUAGUAUUAACAAGUGUAGA